AGGAUUACGGCUGUGCGCGCUGCGAGCAGGAUUAGCGGGGAGGGCAGCGGCUGCGGGAGCAGGGUUGACCGCGUUACGGCUUUCUGUGGUAUUUCUGCGGGGUGUCUGGGACUUUACCUGGCUGCAGCCGGAGUGCCUCGGCCACAGCGAAAGGUCUGAGCGGCGGCUGCUGGGCAGCUCCUGGAGCACAACGAUGGCUUCACCCCGGGCACCUGCAGAGCCCCUCGGCCCGGCGGGCGCCUGAGCCCGGCCCCAGGCUGCUCCCUGCGCUGCGGGAAGAAGGCUUUUCCCUGGGAGAAGGCACCUUAGCGAUGGGCUGAACUUACGGGAGGAACCAGCGCCCGGCCAGGCGGAGAUUGAGGGGCCCGUCGGGAGGCGUGAAGGGCCUGGUUUCAGUAAGGGCAUGGCCAAAGCUUUCUUCAGGCUACAGAAGUUUCUCCGUCGGACCCAGUUUCUGCUCCUCUUCCUCACAGCGGCUUACCUGAUGGCCGGCAGCCUCCUGCUGCUGCAGCGGACCCGCCUCAUUAUCCAGCAAGGCUCUCGUGGGACCUCCGCCAGCCAGGCCCUGGCAUUGCUGGACGGGAUGGCCGGGGCCGGGAUCGUGGACCCGCGCCCCGCUCCCAGGCUGCUGGUGGGCAUGGACGCGCUGCAGGAUGCGGCCCCGGGCCAGCAGCACAGCCCGCGGUGGCUCGUGUCCCGCAACUCCGAGCUCAGGCAGCUGAGACGAAGGUGGUUUCACAGGUUUAUCAGCGACCAGGAGCCCAUGCAGACAGCGGGGUUCAGAGCGAUGAAGCACACUGCUGAACACACAGGUACCUACGUGGGAUGCUUCAGCGAUGAAUCGAGGGAGAGGACGCUGAAGGGAGCUGUGUUUUAUGACUUGAGAAAAAUGACAGUAUCCCACUGUCAGGAAGCUUGUGCCGAGAGGGCUUACACCUACGCGGGGCUGGCGUACGGAGCAGAGUGCUACUGCGGGAACAAGCUCCCCGCGACCGCCUCCAAACCCGAGGAGUGCAACAGCGAGUGCAAGGGGGAGAAGGGCUCGGCCUGCGGAGGGGUGAACCGGCUCUCGGUCUACAGGGUGGAGGAGCUGCGGGCAGGAGCCAGGCGACGAAGGAAUGUUAUCUAUCGAGGAUGUUUUAGAGCUCCAGCAAAUUUAACAGACACCUUUCCAGCCUCUUUGAUACAGCCCAAUUUGACGGUGGAGAUGUGCUCUGAAUUUUGCUCCAAGAAAGAGUUUCCCUUGGCAGUGCUCCGAGCACGGGAGUGCUACUGCGGCUACGCCACCGGGCGCUUCUCGCUGCACAACGGGGCAGAUGCGCUGCUCUGCAGCGGACUGCACAACGCCAGCAGCACGGCCAAGGGACAGUACUGCCUGGUCUAUCAGACCCCAGUGCAAGACACCCGCUGCACCGACAGGAAAUUCUUAACCACCAAAUCCAAAGUGUUUGUUGCUUUGUCGAGCUUUCCUGGGGCUGGGAAUACGUGGGCUCGCCAUUUGAUAGAGCAUGCCACAGGAUACUACACGGGAAGCUAUUACUUCGAUGGAGCCCUGUACAACAAAGGUUUUAAAGGAGAAAAAGACCACUGGAGGAGUAGAAGGACCAUCUGUGUGAAAACACACGAGAGUGGCAAGACAGAGAUUGAAAUGUUCGACUCAGCGAUCCUGCUGAUCCGGAACCCAUACAAGUCUCUGAUGGCGGAGUUCAACAGGAAGUAUGCGGGGCACCUGGGCUACGCCACCGACCGCAACUGGAAAAGCAAAGAGUGGCCGGAUUUCGUGAACAGCUACGCGUCCUGGUGGGCCUCCCACGUCCUGGACUGGCUCAAGUACGGGAAGCGCCUGCUCGUCAUCCACUACGAGGACCUGAAGCAGAGCCUCAUCCCCAAGCUGAAGGAAAUGGUGGAGUUCCUGAACAUGACGGUGACAGAGGACAGACUGCUCUGUGUGGAGAACAACAGGGAAGGGAACUUCAAGCGGUCUGGUGCUAAGCAAAAGGAUUUUGAGCCAUUCACACAGGAAAUGAAAGAUCUUAUCAACAGGUACAUCCUGACAGUGGACGAAGCCCUGAGGGGAAGAAACUUCACAGGGCUGCCCAGAGAGUACCUGCCGAGAUGAUGACCUGGUGGUGCUCAGUGCUGAGCUUACAAACAACAUUAUUUUUCUCAAAAAUACAAAGCUAAAACAACCCCACAAAAAUAGUAAUAAAACAGGAACAGAGCUUGAUAGCCGUUAAAGAUACUUGUGGAGCCUGCUGAGCAGUGCAAAUUCUCCCACUCAAGGGUGUUCUUCAGAGCACUAAGUGCUCCAGAAGGCAAGCAAUGAAGGAUGGAAAUUGGGUUAUAAACCAGGGCGAAAAGCUUUUAGUGUCUACCUGCGUGUGCCCCUCCUGCACCAGCAGCUCAGAACCUCACCGGGAGCACCCCUGCUUCUGCUGCGGGCAUC